AUGAAGGAUGUUCAGUGGAAUUUAAGCGUGACUAUGAACCCCCUACAGCUUUCUGACCCAAGAACUGCCUUGGAGUCCUAUUUGAAACCAUUCAUGAACAAAUAUAUUCCUGAAUUGAAGGGUAUUCUUUUAAAAGUUGAUUAUCAGACUCUGAAAUUGAAGUCUUCAUAUUCACAGGAUAAACCCGGCACAGGUUUUACGAGUUGCAUCAUCAAAUAUCAUCCAAUAUAUCUCUCAGCAAAGGUCAAUUUUGUUAUAAAUGCAACCAUCUUAUGCCCAACCGUGGGCCAGCAAGUGGAUGCAGAUGUCAGAGUUGUCAAAUUCGGUCGUCUCGUGUGUCGUUUUGGUGACGACUAUUCCAUUUUCGUCACAGUCCCAACUCACGGCGAAGAAGCAGCCGCUUCCAUACCAGUUGACCCACAAACAAACGAGCCUCUCAAACUAUUCGUUGGUGAUAAAGUACGGCUAGAGAUCACUCAUGUUAAUAUUUCCGUAGCCCGUGAUGUUCUUCGACUUUCUGGCCGAGUUCUUUCUGUCAUCUCGCGUAGUGAGUUUUCUCAAAUGAAAAUGCAGUCUCGUAAUAGGAGUGUUACAGAACAGACUUCUAUAGAGUCCGCAGCGCAGGAGAAAUCGGAAGAGGGUCAAGAAAUUGUCUCUAAAAAGCGCAAAAAGCAUAAGAAACAUGUAGAGGCGGAGGAGGAGGAAAGGCAGCCUCAGGAAAUUGCAGAAGAGGUCGAGUUGGAGGAGCCUCCAAGGAAGAAAAGGAAACGGAACUCUGAAGCGCCUGAUCCCCCUAAAACAUCAGAAAUGGAGGCAGAAUCUAUGCCUCUUAAAAAGAAGGAAAAAAAAUCCCGUAAGGAGAAGAAGAAGAAAUAUUUAGUUGAUAAUCUCCUUCCCGUAAAGCACGAACCCAAUGGGGCUGCUAAUGAAUCGGAGGAGCAGGUGGAAGAAUUCUUCCAAGUUUCAGAAGUAGUCAACACUCCUAUGCAAGAUGAUUCUGUCUUGAAGACAGGAAUGCAGAGCCCGGAUAUUUUUUCGUCUGGUGAUGAAUAG